UGUACAAGCACACAAACAAUGGAGGCGGUCACAUCCAGCAGACCUUACCACAUUGUAAUAUUCGGUGCUUCGGGCUUUACCGGGAAGUUUGUCGUUGAAGAAGUAGCCCGCUACGCCGCUGACAGUACCGGAGACAACUGUCUAACAUGGGCCGUGGCCGGGAGAAGCAGGCAGCGUCUGAAGUGGGUGUUAAAGCAGGCCGCCGACAGGCUGGCCAUGCCCGAGUUGAGUACAGACAUUGACAUCAUUGUAGCAGAUGUGUCCAGCGAAGAAUCUCUGGCCAUCAUGUGCCAACAGGCUCUGGUUAUUCUCAACUGUGUGGGUCCAUACAGGUUUUAUGGAGAGCCAGUGGUUGCAUCAUGUGUGGAGAACGGAGCUCACUAUAUUGACAUCUGUGGAGAACCUCAGUUUCUGGAGCGCAUGCAGCUGGAGUACCACACUAAGGCCAUGGAGAGAGGAGUGUACGUAAUUGGCAGCUGCGGCUUUGACUCCAUCCCAGCAGAUCUGGGAAUUCUCUAUACUCAGAGCCACUUUAAAGGGACGCUGACGGCCGUGGAAAGCUUCCUAACAAUAAGCAGUGGCCCUGAGGGCUCAUGCGGUCAUGAUGCAACCUGGCAGUCGGCCGUGCACGGCUUCGCAGAUAGUAGCGCCCUUUGCAAGCUGAGGAGGAAGUUUGGCCACAAGCCGCUACCUCUGGUGGGAACCAAAGUCCGCCCGAGAGGCUUUGUGUUUUUUAGCAAGGAGAUUGUGCAGUAUGCCAUCCCUUUCAUGGGUUCGGACCCCUCUGUAGUCAAGAGAACACAGCGUUUCCUUUACCAGGAGGAACGUCGGUCACCAAUCCAGUAUUUUGCAUAUGUCGGGGUAGGUGGUCUCUGCUCAGUUGCCAAGCUCUUUUGUGGUGGACUGCUUUUCUGGAUCUUGGUCAAAUUCGGCAUGGGCAGGAAACUCCUCACCACGUUUCCCAGGUUUUUUUCCUUUGGCUUAUUCAGUAAGGCUGGUCCAACAAUUAAACAGAUUGAAGACACCUGCUUCAACAUCACAUUUUUUGGAGAGGGAUACUCAGAGGGUACAGACCCCCUACAGGGACCACCCAAUGCCAAGAUCUGCACUGAGGUCAUGGGAGCAGGAGGAAGACAUUCAAGGGAUUUGAGCCUCAGCUGUGUCCAUACUCUGGGAUUAUUAAGAUCUGUGAAUCUUGUCCUCCUUGACUUCAUUUGAUCUUAUUUAUAGCAAUAGGAACUUGAGUGAGGUGAAUUACUUGCGUGUUACUGGGCAUGUGCAGUAAAUACUGUUUAUAUUCUGAUUUAUAAAAUUCAAAUUGUUAUAAUGCACAUUUUUUCCCCCAAGAAAAUUGUCAAAAUUCAAUAGUGCGCAUUAUACAUAGGUAUAGGGGCAAAUUGAAAAAACAUUUUAUAAAUGUAUGCCGCUAUCUAGUGGUUAUAAAAAAGCCGUACAUGUUCAUUCCAAAAUGCCACCGCCCCCUAGAGGUUAUGAGAAAGGUGUAGCCUACACUCAUUCCAAUAUGACAGGGGUACGUAUGACUGCAUACAUGUACAUUUGUGCUCAUAAGUUUACAUACCCUGGCAGAUUUUGUAAAAUAUAGUUUGUUUGUUUUUUUAAUUAUGACUGAUGACUGAACAUUAUGUGUUUAAAUAAAGUGCUUAACUUCAGAAUAAUUAUUUGAAAAAACUAACAAAAUACAGAUCAUACUUCAUGUUUUGAUCAUAUGGGUAGAAGCAAAAUCAUGCAUUGUAAAAAUGCAUUAUACAUAGGUAGAAGGGUUUUCCAGAAUUUUGAGGACAACUUUGGGGGUGCGUAUUAUACAUGGGUGCACAUUACACACGAGAAAUUUUGGUAAUUGUAUUUAAUAAACAUUUCAUAAAAAUAUCAGUGAGAUACACUACAUUUUGAGAAUAUCAGUCAAAACUAAGCAUUAUCAUCUUUGUAAAAGACAUUUUUUGAUACAGUUAAGUGUAUGUACUUUACAAUAUUUUAACACAGUCAGUGGGUUUUCAGUACAAAGUUAGAUUGACUAGAUUACGGUACAUUAAGACCUCUUUUUCUUUCUUCAUAUAUUGGUGUUCUCAUUUUCAGUGUAUCUAGUUAUUAUUGCGUAGGGUGUUCCCUACUGUAUGUGUAUGGACCAUGCAUCGAACACGAUGGAUCAUUUUUUUCCAUCACACUACACAAACAAGGAGGUUAGCCGCAGGGGCGUGCAGAAGGCAGGGCCGACAGGGCGUGACCCCAGGCAUCCAAAUUAGAUGGUGGACAAUCAGAGUGGCAAUGAAGAUAGUGAUUUUGAAAUUUCCACCUGCUGUUACUGCCUUAGACCCAGCGCCUAGUUGUGGUUACCUACUGAGCUGCAGAAAGUAACUGGCAUUUAUAUGAAGUCUAUUGAAGAGGCCUUUAUUUGUAUGGAUUUGUAUGGAUUUUUAUGUAAGGGCGAAGUACUGUAUACUGUACAAUACAAUAUUGAAAAAUUUCACUGUGAAAUUACUCUACUGAAUAUACGAUACUGUAAUGCUCUACAUGGGUUUCACUUUUUGAAUUCAACCACUGCAACAUAUUGUUUUCCACAACAUUCCAAUUUAUUGAGAUGCACGUAGUUUUAAACAUUUAAUAGAAAUAUUGAUGUUUGUCUAUUGAGGGCAUGAAUGACAGCAAUAAAGACAAACACAAGUAUAUCUCGGGUUGAUUACUUUUAAUCAAUUCAGCUAGCUACAAAAUGUCCACCACUUUACACACUGACAAGAUACAGAGAGGGAGUCUUUUAAUAUAACAUGCGUUGAGGACAUCAAUCUCACAGUUGAAUCUAUUGUCUCAUUCAGGUUUGGGUAUUUCAUCACCUUACUCUAACUAAGGGACAUUUUGGAGAUUUGGUAUGCAUAGCUCUAAAGUACAGAAGCAACAAAAACCCUUGAUGUUUUCUUUUUUGUUUCAGUGUAUAGUUAUCAUCAACAUUCUCAUUAUAUAGAUUUUUUUAUUUUUUUUUAAUCAAUAACAAACCACACGGGGAGAAUAAACUUACAGGUACGGUCUUCUUAUAAAAGUAAGGUCUCUCAGAAAUAUGUGUCUUUGCUUUACAUUGCAAAUGUUUAUUUUUUUUUCAGAGCAUCCAAAACCUAUGUUACAGUACACAACCAGUCCUCCUCUUUCAGCACUUAAUCAACAUCAUCACAGAACUGCAUAAUCGUUUAGAAAACAGGUCUUUUUUUUUCUUUUUUUUCUUUUUUUGCAAUACAACCACAAAUCUUCAUAUUUUGUCAUGUUCAUCUCACUUUUUGAUACCUUUCGCAUUAUUUUACAACAAGAUGGUCACAGUCGGUAAAUAUAUCAAGACAGGAAGAGUGGCAAUAUUGCAAACUUGCAGGGAAGAAUGGAACGAUCAACUGCGUCCUAAUACUGAGCAUGCGUUUUGUCAAGUCGCUACUGCCAUGUUAUCGUUUUUUAUAUGUAUUUUUUAGACAGGUUUUAUUUAGAAGACUAAAAUCUACCAUUUGUCAUGCAGAGAACGCACAAUUCACAUCACUUGGAAUGCAAAUGCCUAAUACAGCUACAGAGAAUCUAGUUGCACAUUGUCUCAACAGUAAACUCAGUAUGAUUGCAAUGGAGGAAGAUGGACCAGCGACUGCCUUUUAUGAUUGAAAGUGCUGACUUGUCAUCGGCCUUCUCGCUUUUGCUGUGACGAAACACUAAAAUAAGGGGUGUGACAGUAGCCUAGCCAUGAAACCGUUUUACUACGACAAUACUGAGAUACUGUAAAAGAAGGAAGAAUCAAAACAAACAGCUUGUAUCGCAUUCUUAUGAUAUACU